AUGGUAGCAUCAUCUUUGAGAAGUUUCAUUAAGGAUGUUCGUGGUGCAAAGACGUUAGCUGAUGAAAGAUCAAUUAUAACUAAACAAUCUGCUAAGAUAAGAACCAAAUUGAGAGAUGAUCAUUUAUCUAAUGAGAAAAAAAGAGUAAAUAUUCAAAAAUUAUUAUAUUUGUAUAUUCUAGGUGAAAAGACUCAUUUUGGUCAAGUGGAAAGUAUCAAUUUAAUUGCAUCAGAUAAUUUCGUUGAUAAAAGACUUGGGUAUUUGGCUACAAUCUUGUUAUUAGAUGAAUCUCAAGAUUUAUUAACAUUAUUGACAAAUAUGUUAAAUAACGAUUUACAACAUCCAAAUAAAUAUAUCGUAGCUUUAGCAUUGAAUACUUUAGGGUGUCUAAGUUCUACUGAGUUGGCAAGAGAUCUUUAUCCAGAUGUUGAAAAUAUUUUGCAGACUUCUAAUGAUCCAUACUUAUUAAGAAAAGCUUUACAAUGCAAUGCAAAAUUGAUAUUUAAGGAUAGAUCCUUAUUAGAAAUUUUUCCUUUAAGUAUAAUUUCUUCAAAAUUAUUAGAAAAUCCGAUUGUUUGUACUCAUGGUGUCCUACUAGGUGUCUGUAAAGUAUUACAAGCUAUCUUUAUUAGUCUAGAUAAUACAUUACAAAAAGAAAAUGGCAAAGGUGAUACAGAGGAUGAGUCAACAGAACAAGAUCUUCAACAAGAUAUUACCAUCAUUAGGACAAUCAGUGACUUAAUACCGCAAUUAUCGACUCGUUUGUCCUCUUUAAAUUCAAAAAAUUUGGAACCUGCAUAUGAUGUUCAAGGGAUUCAAGAUCCAUUUUUGCAAUGUGAGUUAAUUGUAACAUUAAAAUGGUUUUUCAAAAUUGGUAAUCAUUUAAAUCUCGAUGAAAUUACUCAAUAUAACAAUAAUUUUAAUGAUUUACUUACUCAAUUGGCCACCAAUACAAGUGCAGCUAAGAAUCCAGGUAAUGCUAUCUUAUACGAAGUGACUAAAUCCAUUUUUGAAUUAAAAUUGACCCAACCUUUAAGAGUCCUUGGUAUCAAUAUCCUGGCAAAUUUCCUAACUCCAAGUAAAAAUUCUAAUACCGGUAAUAAUGUCAAAUACGUUGGUCUUAAUACACUGAUUAAAGUGGUACCAGAAGAACCGGCAUCUGUUCAAAGAUAUAGAAAAUUCAUUUCACAAUGUUUAUACGACUAUGAUAUUUCUAUCAAAUUUCGAGCACUUGGAUUAACGUUUGCUAUUAUGAAUGAACAAAACUUAACUGAAUUAACAACUGAAUUGGUUAAAUUCUUGGGAGAAAUAUCAAAAUCUCAUUACAGUUACGUGACAUCUUAUAUCGAUAUGGAUGAUUCAAAGGAUCUAAUAGUUUACACUGUAGAUAACCUAUUAAAAAAAUUCGAAAUAUAUUCAAAUGGGGAUGAAAAGGCAAAAUUGGAUACUUUAUUAACAAUUCUAAAGAUUUCAGGAACGUUUAUUGACUUAGAAAAGACCAAUGAGUUCUUGAUAGCUUUGAAUAAUAUGGAUGAUAUGAAAUACAAGAUCGCUACAUUCAGUAAAGAGUUAACUCAAAUAUUGGACCCAAAAAUUAAAGCAAAUACUUUGAUUGGUAAUGCUUCUCUUGAUUUGGUAAUGAUUUGGUGUAUUGGUGAAUAUACAGAUCUCAUUAAACUAGAUUCAUCUACAGAUAAAAAGAUUGUUAACGAUAACUCGAUCGUUAAAUAUCUAUCAGAUUUAAAUGACAAGUACAGACUAUCUCAUGACACUAGAAUGGUCCAUUAUAUUUUGACAGCUGCUCUAAAGCUUUCGUCUAAGAUAACCAACGGCCAGUGUGUUGAAAAUUUAAGACAAAUUAUCGUAAGUCAUUCAAAGGAUGCAAAUUUGAUGUUACAGACGAAAAGUGUUCAAUACGAAUUACUUUUCAAUCAACCUGAUGCUGUGAAGAAAUUAUUUUUGCAAGCUAUGCCUAAAUUUGAAAAAAAACUAAUCAAUGCCACUUCAGUUCAACGCCACAAUACCACUAUAUCCAAAGCUCAAAAUCAAAAUAAUGAUUUACUUCUUGAUUUACUUACUGAUACUGUUGAAAAAACAUCUCCGAGUGAAGUUUUGAAACCAGUAGAAACCAAACAACGUGAUAUAAUUGCUGAUCUUCUAGCAUCAACAGGGAAUAAAUCCCAACACACUGGUGAAACGAGUACAAGUAUACCAAUCGAAGUUGUGACGCUACCUUCUGAUGCGGUUUCAAUACAUGACGGUGUCGAAUUACAAGUGUACGAAAAGACAAUUGAUAUCUCGCCCGGUUUAGCUCACCUAGAGUUGUAUAUUCAACCUAAAAAUAGUAAGAUAUCUGACAUUCAGCCGUUGUGUGCUGUCCCAAAGACACAAAAGUUAACUUUAAGUCAAUUACGCCCAAGUAACAAUUUAGAUGUAGGUAAGUUCGUCAAACAAACCUUAAAGAUUACUGGUUCAGGAAAAUUGAAACUUAGAAUAAAACUAUCCUUUCAGAAGGACGAGAAUCCUGCCAGUGAAAGCGAACAAUUUGAUUAUAAGUUGGACAAAACCAUAUGA